AUGAAGUUCAGUCAGCUCGCCUCGCCCACCUGGGCCCUCUUGCUCUCCCAAGCAGCGGCGAAGCCCUUUGCCGAGGCUACGAUCGACAUCGACGUCGACGUCGCCAUCAUUGGCGGCGGCAGCGCCGGCACCUACGCCGCGAUCCAGCUCAAGGACGCCGGCGCCAGUGUUGCCAUCGUCGAGAAGAAGGAGCAGAAUGGCGGCCACGCAAAUACCUACACCAACCCGCGGACAAAGCUCCCGGUCAACGUCGGUGUCGCCAUCUUCGAGAACAGGGAGAUUGUCAGCAACUACUUCUCCCGUCUCAACGUCUCCACCAUCCAGGCCAACCCUGUCACCGGUCCAAGAACCGUCCCGGUCAAGGCCUACGACUUCUCGCUCGGCAUCGCCAUCCCCGCGCAGAACGCUUCCGCAACGGCGGCGCAGCAGCAAGCCGUGAAAGCAGCCGCGCAGGCCUACUCUACCAACGUGUUGUCCAAGUACACUUGGCUCGACGAGGGCUUCCUCCUCCCCGAGCGCGUGCCGGAGGAGCUUACAAUUCCGUUCGCAGAGUUUGCUCAGAAAUAUAACUUCACAGCCCUUCUGCCCAUCAUCGUCCAGCUCAACUGGUGGACCGGAGACAUCGCAACAAUCCCGGCGCUUUAUGGUAUCAAGGGCUUCGGACCGGGUCUGUUUAAAAGUUACUUUGGCGAGUUCAUCCUCUCCGCCAACGGUGAUACCCGUGCUCUGUACGAUGCCGCUGCCAAGGAUCUCGGUGACAGCGUCCUCCUGAACGCCACUGUCAUCGAGGUCAAGCGCAAUGUCAAGAUCGACAAGGAGACCACCGCGCCCGUCAACGUCCUCGUCCAGCAGCCAGGCCAGCCUCAGAAGCUCAUCCGCGCCCGCAAGCUCCUCAUCGCUAUCCCCCCUGUCCUGGCGAACGUGGCCAACUACGACCUCAGCGCCCACGAACGCUCCCUCUUCUCCAAGCUCUUUUCCCUCGGCUACUGGACCGGCGUCGCCACGAUCCCCGGUAUGAAAAACAUCACCCUCGCCAACGUCGGCGUCCAGACCCCCUUCAACCAGCCCGUCAUCCCCGGGUCCAACAGCUUCGGCUACUCUGGGUCCCCAGGCGACUUUGUGUUCGCCGUCGGCUUCCAGGAGGCCAACCACACCGCGAAGGAGACCGAGGCCAUCAUCAAAAAGGAACUGGCGACCUUGGCCGCCAUCGGCGCCGUGCCCAAGGACGCCGCCCAGAAUGUGACGUUCCCCUACGUGUCCGACCACUCGCCCUACAACAACCGCUGUACGCCCGAGGAGAUCAAGCAGGGCUACUACAGGAAGCUGCUGGCUUUGGAGGGUGAGCGAAAUACGUAUUGGGCGGGCGCGACUUUUUCCGGCCACAAUAGCGCGCUGGUUUGGUCGUUCAUCGAGGGGACGGUUCUGCCGGCGUUGAAGAAGGAUCUUGGCCUGUAG